CGCGACUGUAAUCGAAGCUGACUGACGUGUAGCUGCUACAACAAUGACACGAAGCCACGAUUUAAGGAACAUCACUGUAAUUUUCCAAAUAUUUGAAAGGUUAUAAUUUGACUUGUUGAUGCAGCGGUCGCUCAUCGUAUUAGUGAAGAAGACCCUCAACCUACACCCCCUGACCCCUCAUCUCUUCAGAGUCUCUUCAUAUCUCAUAUCUGCUAACACCCGGGAAGUCCACUGUCUCUUCUGGCCUCAGUCGCCUUCGUGUAGACACGGAGCCCUCCGUAAGGACCAGCUUCUCCCACAUCUGCGCCUCUCCUCUCCUGUCAUGUCGGAGCAGCGCUUCCUGGUGGAGUACGCCAAGCGCGGCACAGCGGGAUGCAAGAAGUGCAAGGACAAGAUCGCCAAGGGCAUCGUGCGCAUUGGCAAGAUUGUUCCCAACCCUUUCAGCGAGUCUGCGGGCGAGAUGAAGGAGUGGUACCAUGUCAAGUGCAUGUUCGAGAAGCUGGAACGCGCGCGGGCCACCACCAAGAAGAUCGAGGACAUCACCGACCUGGAAGGCUGGGAGGAGCUGCAGGAUGAGGACAAGGCACUCAUCAAUAAACAUGUCUCAGACUUGAUGGCCAAAGUCAACUCUAGUCCAAAGAAGAAGGUGCAGGCCAAGUUAAACACAUCAGGCACACUCAAGUCUCCUCCUGCGGCAGACCCGUCAGUAAACGCACCGCGCAAGUUCUCAGGUUUUACUGCUGCGAAGGCGGGCACUUCAAGCGGGCUGUCGUCAUCCUCCUCGACUUCCUCCCCUUCCUCUUUCUCCUCCCCGCCUGCCAAAGCCAGCCAAGGCAGCGCCCUGGCCAUGCAACUGUGCGACCCCCAGCACAAGGACUGCCUCUUAAGAGAGUUCCGGAAGCUGUGCGCCACGGUGGCUGAGAACAACAGCUACAAUGUCAAGACGCAGAUCAUCGAGAAGUUCCUGCGGAAGGGCACAGGCGGAGAUAAGUUCCAUGGAGAUCUAUACCUGACGGUGAAGCUGCUACUGCCCGGCGUCAUCAAAAGUGUUUACAACCUCAACGACAAGCAGAUUGUCAAACUCUUCAGUCGCAUCUUCAGAUGCAACCAGGACGACAUGGUGCGCGACCUGGAGAAGGGUGACGUGUCAGAGACGGUGCGGAUGUUCUUUGAGGAGAGCAAAGCAUUCCCGCCGUCACCCAAGAGCCUCCUGACCAUCCAGGAAGUGGAGGCGUUCCUGAGCCGCCUCGCCCAGCUCACCAAGGAGGACGAGCAACAGAGCGAGCUGGAGGACAUCGCCAAAAAAUGCACCAGCAACGACCUCAAAUGCAUCGUACGUCUCAUCAAGCAUGACCUCAAGAUGAACGCAGGAGCAAAACACGUCCUGGACGCCGUGGACCCGAACGCCUACGACGCCUUUAAGGCCUCCCGUAACCUGGGUGACGUAAUCGAGCGGGUGCUGAGGAACCAGGAGGAGGCGUCCAACGGGUCGGGACCCAGGAAACUGUUGACCAUAGAGGCGUCACUCAUGACCCCGGUUCAGCCCAUGUUGGCGGAGGCGUGCAAGUCCAUCGAGUAUGCAAUGAAGAAAUGCCCCAACGGCAUGUACUCAGAGAUCAAGUACGACGGCGAGCGUGUGCAGGUCCACAAGAACGGCGACAACUUCAGCUACUUCAGCCGCAGCCUCAAGCCUGUGUUGCCGCACAAAGUGGCCCACUUCAAGGACUACAUCCCUCAGGCUUUUCCCGGUGGCAACAGUAUGAUUUUGGACGCCGAGGUGCUGCUCAUCGACACCAACACCAGCAAGCCCCUGCCCUUUGGGACCUUGGGUGUGCACAAGAAAGCCGCCUUUCAAGACGCCAACGUGUGCCUCUUUGUUUUUGACUGCAUCUACUUCAAUGGUACCAGUCUCAUGGAGAGGCCGUUGUGUGAACGCAGGAAGUUCCUGCAUGACAACAUGGUAGUGGUGCCCAACCGCAUCCUCUUCUCUGAGAUGAAGCACGUCACUCGUGCAGGAGACCUGGCUGACAUGAUCACUCGAGUCAUCAGAGAAGGUCUUGAAGGCCUCGUGCUUAAAGACGUAAAGGGCUCCUAUGAACCAGGCAAGCGCCACUGGCUGAAGGUCAAGAAGGACUACUUGAACGAGGGCGCCAUGGCCGACACGGCAGACCUGGUGGUUCUGGGGGCCUUCUACGGGAAAGGCUCCAACGGGGGCAUCAUGUCCAGCUUCCUCAUGGGCUGCUUCGACCCGGACUCCAAGAAGUGGUGCACGGUCACCAAGUGCUCGGGAGGCUAUGAUGACGCCAUGUUGGCUCGCCUCCAGAAAGAGCUGGACGUCAUCAAAAUCAGCAAGGACCCCAGUAAAAUCCCCAGCUGGCUGAAAAUCGUCAAAAACUACUACCCCGAUUUUCUCAUCCGUAAUCCUGAGCAAGCGCCAGUGUGGGAGAUCACAGGUGCCGAGUUCUCCAAGUCGGAGAUGCACACGGCCGACGGCAUCUCCAUCCGCUUCCCCCGCAUGACCCGCAUCCGUGACGACAAGGACUGGAAGAGCGCCACCAACCUGAGCCAGCUCAAAGAGCUGUAUCGCAUCUCCAAGGAGAACUGCGACUUCAAAGUGACAGCGGGACCGUCCGGCGAGGACAAGGGCUCAUCGGGAGGGGACAGUGGUGGAAACUCCCCCGCACCCUUGUCUUCCGCGAGGGAAUGCGCCCCACCCAAGAAGACAAGCACCAGCACCCCUGCCAAACGUAAGGUGGUCAAGUCUGAACCAAGCACCCCUGUUCCCAAGAAGGUGAGGAAGAGUGAAAGUGUUCACAGCAACGGACACGCCAAGACCAAGGCAGCGCCGCCUCAGAUGCUGGAACCCAACAACGACAAGACGCUGUUGGACAUCUUCAGCGGGGUGAAGCUCUUCCUGCCUGCAGGUGCGGACGACUUCGACAAGCUGCGGCGUUACUUCGUGGCGUACGACGGCGACCUGGUGGCCGACUACGACGCCGCCUCGGCCACGCACACACUGGCCGAGCCCGAGGAGGACAGCCGGGCGCAGAAGGUGUCGGCGGGGUGGAUCUGGGAGUGCAUCCGCAAGAGGCGCGUUGUGGCCCCCUGCUAGCCCCCACUAUUAUUUGUUUUCUUGUGUUCAUCAUCACACCCCCUCUGAUUGACAGUUUAAAUGUGUCGCCAUGGUGACCUAUGAACUGAGAGACAAGUACAUGUUAGCUGCAGUGUAAGAAUACAUUAUGGGAUGUUAGCUCAGGUCUAAUAGUGAUGCUUUUUUGGCUCUUUUUAACAAAUCAUGAAAUGAACAGAAUGUGAAUGUGAAGUCUGCUUUUUCAAACAAAAGCGAUGUUAAGGCACGAGUGUCUUGAACGCAUCACAGACACCACAAAGAAUAAACAGGCAAAAGGAGCACUGAGCUAGUGGAAUAAUAAACGCUGACCGGACACAUUCGGUGCACCUGCACACGAGUCUAAUGUUGAUUGACAAUGUCAGAAAUUAGAAAACAACACAAUAUGGACACCCAGCCAAAAGUGUAUGAGUGUCUCCAAAUUUUUUGACUGAAUGACUGAAUUUUUAACUAUUAUGCAAUAAUUGAGCAGUACCAAAUUGUAAGCAAAAAUAUAAAAACAGAAUAAAAAGACUUAAUUUAGUCUCUGUUACUCUUAAAAAUAAUUUUAUAUUAACACUAAUAAUUCUUUUAUUUGUAAUAUUGUGAUACUUUUACAAAAAAAUAGGAAUUCAAAAACAUUUGAUUUUACUCUUUUAAAAAAAAAUUUAUUCAUUGCCAACUUUAAAAUAAUUUAAAGUUAAUGUGUUAAAGUUAAGUUAAUGUGUAAAAAUAGUGCCGUUAAAGGAAACAGAAGUUUCGUAAACGACAAUUUUUUUUGACACACGUCCCGUUUGACCCUCAGCCCACACCGUAGUUUCAGGAAAAGCAGCGGUGACUGUUGAGCUACAAGCGGGAGCAAAUAUUUAGCAGAAAUGGACAAAGAAAAGGGUAUUUUAAUUGGUAAACUUAGUCAUGGAAAAAAUUAGACCACCCUUGUUUCGUCAGUUUCUUGUUCAUUUUAAUACCUUCAGUACUCUUGUUUGGACAAAUAUAAUAAUGACAACAAAAAUAGCUCAUAAGAGUUCCAUUUUCUUUGGCAGUACAAUGCUAUAGCUAUUCACGGAAGAACUUAAGUGAUUUUGGUUAUCAAGAAAACCAUGGAAGUUGGAAGUUAUCAUCUCUUAAAUAAAACUCUAUAUUUGUUAUCAUUAUAUUUGUCCAAUAAAGGUACCUUGAGUUGUAUCGUGCAUUAAAAUGGAUCAAUAAACUGAAGAAACAAGGGUGGUCUCAUCAUUUUCUCCAUGACUGUAGAUCCAAAGCCCUGGCAGAUGGCUCUCGCAACAAGACGGGAGUUAUUUGUAUCGACUGUCGCUGUGAUUGGAAUUGUCACGGAGUACAUGGCCUGCCAGAGAGAAGCGAGAAGUUACUGGAGCAAGUAACGGGACUGGGUGUGCUGUAUGAGCUAUGGGCAAAAGAGGGAUUAGCAAAUUGUGUUAUCAUCUAACGUGAUAUCUUAGGAGUGUGUAACUGUCAUCUCAGUUUUCUGCAACCUUUACAUUUUUUUUUUUACAACUCAUCUCAAAGCAAGAUGGUCAAAGUCAAAAGUCAAAGUCAUGCUGAUCACAUUCUUCGAUGUGAGAGGCAUCGUCCACCGUGAGUUCUUGCCACGGGCCCAGACGAUCAAUCAGCAUGUCUACAGAGACGUCCUGCAGCGUUUGCUUCGCGAGAAGAGACGAGAGUUGAGGCAGGACAGCUUGUGGCUGCUUCACCACGACAAUCCACCUGGCUCGCAACGUCCUUGGCCGAGAACAACAUCACCGAGCUGGAACAACCUCCCUAUUCACCUGACCUUCCUCUGUGUGACUUUUUUAUUUUCCCCAAACUUAAGGGGAUCAUCAAGGGUACCCAUUGUGAAGACGUGGAGGUCAUCAAGAGGGCUGUAACGACGGAGCUAAGGAGCAUUGCAGAAGAAUCCUUCCAGCAGUGCAUAGAAGCGUGGCAGAGAAGGGUGGAAACGUGCAGUAGACAACGU